AUGACAGCCUUCCUUGAAGACCCGCGGCUGCGGCAGCGGUGGAACCAGAUCUCGCAGAACGCGGAAGCGGUGACGGAGAACGCGGCGGCAGGCAUUUGGACGUUCCAGCACAGGUACAUCACGCCGUGCCUCGGCUCUAUCAGCGGGGCGGUCGACUCGUGCACGGGUGUGUGUCUGGGUGACCGGGACGAGCGGGCCCGUCGUCAACGCGAGCUUGCACGCGGUGCUCACCGUACGCGGGCCGAGUACAGCUUCGACUUCUACGACGACUGGUAUGAUGACUACUACGGCAGCGGCCUCGGCGAGAGCGGUGAUGGUGGUGCAGACGGUAGUGGUGGAGGUGGCGGUGGCAUCUUCAGUCGGGGUUUUUUCAGCACGUGGGCAGGCAGCAGCCGGGCAGAGGACUGGGACCGGCUGCUAGCCGGCUCGGGGGCCGAGGGCAGCGGGGAGGGCGAUGAGGGUGGCGGUGGAGAUGGCGGUGGUCAUCACACGGUGGACAGCCAGCCACGGCCGCGGCGUAGCAUGAGCUACGGGACCGGCGGUGUGCUGCGGCGGACGACAGACGGGGCCGACCACCGCGAUUCGACGAUCAUCCCCAGCACGGCGCCGCUAGGGUUCUUGGGCCGACUGCCGUUUAAGAUUGGCGGCACAUUGCGAUACAAGCCUAGCGCGGCCAACCUGCGGGAGCACCCGGCAGGUGGUGGAAGGGAUGGGCACGAUAUGGCCACGCGGGACGAGCACCAGCCGCUGCUCGGCGGGACGGACGGCGACCACGGCGAGCAGGAGUGGCAGAGCACGCUGGCAGCUGUUGCAGCCGGAACCGGAUCCGGGCUCGGAGACGGAACCAGCAAGGCGAUAAGGGUGACGACGACAACGGAAGAGGCAGCGGCGCUGAUGCGAAAGCGGAGCGGCACGACGGGAUCGGGCGACACGUCUGACUCGUUCCGGUCGCGUGGCGACCUCUUUGCGAGUGACGAGGAGGGUGACGAGGACGCGGUGCCACUGGACGACGAGUUUGCCGUGGCGCUGGAUCGUGUCGACGACCGCAGCAGCGGGCGGACACGUUUCAGCAGUAGCAGCAGCACGGCUGGCGCAGCAGCGACAACGUUGAAUAUCCGGCGCAAGGGCAAGCGGCGGGCGGACACGGCGACGUCGGGACGCAGCGCCAUGUCGCGCAGCGUGUCCUACACGACGAUCAGCGGCAUCAGCGGCAUCAGCGGGGGCGGGACAUCCUCGCAGAACUCGCCGGCAGCAUCGAUCCGGCCGCGGAUCAGCACAACAUCGCUAUCACCACGGGGCGGAGGCACGACGGCAGCGCAGGAACGGCUGACCGAGGAGGUCGAUGCAGAGCACGACGCGUCAGACCACGAGGCAGAGGCGGACGAGGAUGUGGUCGAGCGGCUGCAGCGCGAAGAGGCACGAGCGGCGCAGGAGGAAGACGCCGAGGUGGAGCGGAAGCGCAGGGCAGCAGUACAGCUGGCGCGCGAGCGAGGACUGGUCGCAGAUGUGGGAGGGGAGACAGAAACACAGACACCACAGACUGCAGAGACAGUCUUGUGCUCAGAACCAAAGGCCAUCCAGGCCAAGACGGCUACGCAGGACGUGGCGGCUCCGGAGCUCGAACCAAAGGACGAUGCAAGCAGCAAAAUUGGCAGAGACGGCAGAGAUGAGCAGGCCUUUGUGCCGGCACGACUACCACACUUUGGAUAA